CCGUUUUAAUAGAGUUGAAAAAGCGGUGUUUGCAUCUGACUGCUCUCAACUAGUGAAGAUGGUGUAUACACCAACAGAAUGGCCGACGUUCACUACAGUUUCUACGAGGUAAGGAAUUUUUUCAUCCCUUCACUAUUCAGCAUAUUCCGAGAGCACAAAAUACAAUGGCGGACAAGCUGGUACGGGGUGCUAGAAAUCAGCCUGCUGCUAUGGUUUAUGUUGAUUUGAUUCUUCCAAAGUGGCUCUUAGAUCAGGAAUCUAUUUAGUUUCGUUAUAGCCUUUUGCCGUAAAAAAAAUAGAGUUGAAAAAGCUACAACCCAUUUUAAAAUAAACCAUUUUAGUUAUUAACCUUUAAACUAGAACCAAAAAAUUCAUUAUUUGUGUUUAAAAAUCAAUUUUAAUACUGUAAAAAAUCAACCAUUAAACAUAAUUAGCGAAAUUAAAUAAUUAUCUAUUAACAGAGCUAAAAUAGUUAAAAUCAGAGUUUUUUCUUAUCAAAUCUGAAAGUGGAGAAUUAGAAUGGUUAAUUUUCUUUAAUGAUUUUAUCAAUUUGUACUUUUUUAAAAAAAAUUUAAAAAAAUUUCUUUUCAGUUGGGGGAAAUACGCGGGAAAUGAGUUUGAUUUGGUUAAAGCUGUUGUCAACGACCAACGACGUGUUUCCCUCUAAAUGUUUUUCUCGUCUCUCUCUCUCUCUCUCUCUCUCGCCUAUAUUACAACUUCAUUCUCUUCUCUCUCCUCCCACCUCUCUCUUUCUCUGUCUCUACAUCUUGAUAUUGAAAGAAACAAUGGCUACGGAGAACAAAGGAAGGCCAUUGCCGAAGUUUGGUGAAUGGGACGUGAACAAUCCUGCAUCGGCAGAAGGAUUCACUGUCAUUUUCAGCAAAGCUAGCGACGAGAAGAAGACCAAGAAAGCAUCUGGUGCAGUCCCUAAUAGUCAGAGAAAUCAAAACUCCGAUCAAAACAACCACCAUGAUUCUCAAAAUUCAAAACCUAAGAAGAAAUGGCUUUGCUUCCGUUGAUUCCUGCCUUCUUCUGAAGAAUCCGAGGAUCAUGAAGCUGAACAAGUUAGCAGAAGAUACACACAACACAGCUUUCUUCUCCUCUGCUGAUAUUAUACAUUUUUGUUUCUUAAUUUUAUUUUGCCCACAUUUUGGCCACAAUGGAUAUAAAGAUUUGUCUCCUGGCUCCUCCUAAGAACUUGUUUUUGAUGGAAAUAUAAUUGAGGACAACAGUCCUUUUCAGACAUAAUUAAUGCUAUUGUUUCCUAUCAAUGUAACAAGACUAUAUAAAAUGGUUUCUCAAUAGCCUUCCAAUAGCUUUAAACUCCUCUACCCCAUAACAAAUUAACAUUCAAGUUCACAUAUAUGUUGUGAGCUUCGAAAAAGAUUGAUGACACCACCUGAAGAAUCUGCAGUAAAAGGAUGCUGGAAACAAGUGAGUGGAAACUACACCAGACAAUAACAGCAGGUAACAUGUGUCC